CGGCAAGUGUUGAUUUUACGUGUGUGAUGAAAGAGUUUGUUGGCAUGCAAGAAUUUAUGUGGCGGCACGCAUACACUCCAUUUAAUUGUAUUGCAAAUUGUCACAACGCAUAUGCUGCCAUCUCCGAUUCAACUUCACGAAAGGCAAAGUACUUGGAAAGAGUGUUUCCACCGUUUCAGAAAAAAAUCGACUGCACGAAAGAAGAAAGAAGAAUAACUGCAUCCUGCAAAGUCAAGAUUAAAUCGCUAGAAUUAGACCAGUUCUCGGAUUUGCCUUUGAUUUAUUUCCCCUCAUUUGCACAGGUGCGGAGGUUCGAAGCUGAGAAGUUUUGCACCCGUCAUGGAUUAAAUUUCGGAAUAGACGAGUCGUUCAUGGGAUUCAUCACAGAUGGUUUUCCGGAAGUGAAAAUAUGGAUGGCUAAUGUUGAAAAACAAAAUACGAGCAAACAAGUCACCUGCCUAGUAUUUGACAAGAAAAGAAGUUCUAGUGGGGUAACCCCGGAAAACUGCCAAAAUACAAAUAAUUUUGUGUGUGUUUUGCCGAAAAACUGUCAUAUGGACACGUGCUCGACAAAUUGUUCUAAGGAGUUGUGCAAUGAAUUGCAAAAUGAUAAUAGCUGCGAGUCUAAUUGCCCAAAACCAUUUUGUGGGGAAGAGAAAGCUGAAAAAUUUGGAUAUAAACCAGAUGACGGUGAACUCUUAGAAGCGUGUGGAAAGCAGUACAUUUUUUCAAGAGCUCCUAGAUUCAACCAAAACUCAACUGUUUCAUUUUGCUGCACGAAACACAUGAGCGCUGGAAGUGUUUCUUCUUUGGACGAGGCCAAGUGUUUGGCCCGCGAAAUGAUCAAAAGAAAUAUUGGUGACGUGCCUUUCUGGACAAGCGCGAGGCCGAGCAACUGCACUGAUUUUUCCACGUGGUGUGCGCUGGACGGGUCUGGAGAAGUCGUUGACCAAACUUCAUUGCAGAUUAAUAUCAAAAGUAGAAAUUCAAAGAAGCGAUUUGUUACAGUGAAGGCAAAUGUGCAGACUGAGUCUCUGACUUUUGAAUUUGAAGACCCCGCAGUCUUGGCCAGAGCUAUGUGUUCACGACCGAGCCCACUGACUUGCGCCGAGUCUCUGUGUGCUCCUAUGGGAUUUAAUGAGCAGUUGGGAUGGGCAGCGGAUGCUUUUAUACAAUUUAUGCUACAAAUUUCAUUUACAACAUUUCCAUGUUUACAGUUAGAGCAGAGUAGGAAAGCUAAGAAAACUGCUUUUUAUAGGUCAGAUUGCAAAUACAUGUAUGGCUGCAAUAAAGUAUUUGACGUGUGUUACGUGCCAGACCCCUACUAUUUGGCCGCUAAAUGGGGUCAAGCUUCCUCUAUAGAGUAUCGGAUGGUAAUGCUUACCCUCGAGACUCAAGAAAAAAUGGAAUGUUUUUUGAAACUUUUGAAAGCAAACAAUAUGAAGACCGUAACGUUUAAUGUCAAUGCUGUGUCCUUCGGCUGCCCAAAAUCAAACAGAUGGUGCCAGAUUCCUGAGAAUCCCUUUCUGAACAGCUCCUACAUCCCUUGGGCAAAAGGAGAACCGAGCAUGGACCCGUCUAAGGAAUGCGUCUUAGUGAAGUACGAUGCGGACAAAAAAUCUUUCACGUUUACCAAAAAUUCUUGCAAAUAUUCUCCUAAUCUGCGUUUUUCAGAAACUAUUGAUUUUUAUCCACAACAUUCAUUGGGAAUUUCUUAAAUCAAAUUGUUUACUAUUAAGAGGGAGGGACUAAAAGUGUUUAAUGAGAAAUUAAACAAAUUAAUUGUUCUUCUUCUGUGUGAAACUGAAUUAAAUAUAAUUGUA